GAGCCGAGCGGCCGCACACGAGCCUCAGCUGCCGCCCGGGCCGGAUUACUGCUGCCGAGCGGGGACAUGGGGACUCAGGGCGCGGGACGGAAGAGGUCCAGCAAGAAGGACAAGUCCACGGCGGAGGACGAUGCCCUGAACCUCAUAGCGAGAGAGGCCGAGGCCAGGCUGGCAGCGAAGAGGGCGGCCAGGGCAGAGGCCAGAGAGAUCCGCAUGAAGGAGCUGGAGAGGCAACAGAAGGAGAUCUUUCAGGUGCAGAAGAAAUAUUCUGGGCUGAACACUAAAUUUGAUGAGCGUGUGGACAACAGAUGGGGAGAUAUUGAACAAUGGAUGGAGGACAGUGAGCGAUACUCACGUUCUUCACAGAUACAAAGGCUCUCAGACGAUGAUGAGCGGAUGUCAGUGGGGAGCCGGGGAAGUGUCAGGGUGGAGGACAGAGAUUAUCUUGAGAAGGGAUCUCGAGCAGCUUCUGCCUUAACUGCAACAACGCUCACAUCCUUGGGUGGGACGUCCUCCCGACGGGGAAGUGGAGAGACGUCCUUAACUGUGGACGCUGAGACGUCCAUACGAGAAAUCAAGGAGAUCCAUGAACUGAAGGAUCAGAUUCAGGAUGUGGAAAUCAAGUACACGCAGAACCUAAAAGAAGCUAAGGACACGUUAUCGGAGGUGGAGGAGAAGUAUCGUAAAGCCAUGGUGUCCAACGCUCAGCUGGAUAACGAGAAGAACAACCUGAUGUAUCAGGUGGACACGCUCAAGGACUCGCUCAUGGAGCUGGAGGAGCUGCUGUCGGAGUCCAAUAGAGCAUACGAGGAGAAAGUCAAGGAUUACGAGCGAGAGAAACACGGCCACGGUGUCCUUCAGUUCCAAUUCAGUGAAAUGAAAGAGACACUGAAACAAAGUGAAGAGCUGCUAAAUGAGAUCCGUCAGCUGCGUUUGAAACAGGACGGUUUUGUUAGAGAAAUCUCCGACCUGCAGGAGACGGUGGAGUGGAAGGAUAAAAAAAUCGGGGCCUUAGAGCGACAGAAAGAAUACACAGACGCAAUCCGAACUGAGCGGGACGAGCUCAGAGAGGAGGCGGUGAAGCUCAAAGACAUUCUGAAGAAACAUGGAAUCGUGCUGGGACCGGAUCUAAGCGUCAACGGGGACAUCGGUGAAGCAGAAGUGGACGGCUCGUCCUCUGGAGACACCGCUCACCAGCCGGCUCCGGACUCUCAGACAACCGAGGGGAACAGCAUGCUCGGCAACACAGAUGAGACUGAGGAGCUGGAUCCAGAUCAGCAACCAGACAUUUUGAAAGAGGAAGCCAAAGAGAAUCAGUUGAGCUCUGAUCAACUCUGUGAUGCUGCCGUGUCCUCAAUGGAAACAUCAGCAGCUGCAGAAGAGCAGCAGACAUUGGACGAGAGCACUGGAGGAAGCGACCUCAGCAAAGACUUGAGUGUUGACCUUCCUGAUCAUCCAGUAACUGAAGCCAAAGAUAUAACUGUAACAAGUGCUGAGGGAAAUAGUCCAGACACAGAAACAACCACAGGUGAGGCAGGUUUAGUGGAGACAGACACCCGAAGCAAGAGGGAUGGUUUUAAACAGACGAGUGACGAGCUUAGUGAAAUCAUACAGGAAGCAGCUGUGGAGAGUGAAUUGAGGAGUAAAGAAACGUGUCCUCAGCAAACAGACGUGAAGGACAUCUCGAGAGACGUAGAGAACGAGGAGGCAGAGGAAGUAACGGGUCAAUCUCAGGGUGCUGCUGCUUCAGGGAAAAGGAAGAAAAAGAAGAGAAGAGGCAAAAAGAAAGGGAACCAACAAAAAGAUGAAACAGAAAACAGCAAAACAGAGCCGAGUGUAGAACCAGAUAAAAAGGAGAAUAAGUCAACAACAGAACCUGAUAAAGGUGAUUCUGAAAUCGUCAAGGAAUCAAAGAUGGAUCCAGCAGAGAAAGAGCAGGUCGGGAAACAAGCUGAGGAAGUAGAAGCAGCAGAAUCAGUCGAACCAACUGAAACCGUUUCUCUCACAGAAGCUUUCACAGAACCGAGAGAGGAUCAUGUUCCAAAGGAGCAGGACAAGGAGCAAACUGAGAUGAUACAAGAAAUAAAAGAAGCAGCACUAAGCGAAACCCUCUCUUGCUCCGAAACUCCCGAGGAAAUAAGAGUAAGUCCUUUAACAAAUGAACAGAACGGAGAUCAGAGGGAAACAGCUGAAAUAAUCCAGGUGGCGGCACCGACUGAAACUUUUUCUCAAAGUGAAACCCCGAUGGAAUUAUGCAGAGAAGCCAGAGAGGAUGAGCAGAGUGAAGAAGACCCAGAGAAAGCAGGAGCAGUUGAACCACGUCCUCCAGAGACCCAGCUCAGUGCUUGUGAUCUGACCGACCCCUCCAACAGCACAGAGGGCACCGGUGGCCUCGACGGAAAGUUCACUGACAGUGUAGAUGAGUCAGAACUCUCAGCUAAUGGUCACAUCCUCCAUCCUGAGUCCAAAAACACUGAAGAUGAACCUCACGUUCCGAGCAGCAUCGAUGUUCCUGCUGACGUCUCCGAGUCCACAAACAUUCCUGAGGGAUCAGACCUCACAUCGGCCUCGUCACCAGAUUCUGAUGAUGUCACGAUCUGUCUCAAAAGCUCGUCUGACUCCGAGCCUCAACCAGAGCCAUCAUCGCUGAGGGAGGAGUCUCCCAUCGAGGUUCCUGGUGAAGAUCCCGAGAAGACAACUGAGACACUAGAAGACGUAGAGGAGGCAGGACCAGAGACCGAGCAGGAGGGUUUUCCUCUCGGUGUCACCGAUCCAGAGAGAAAACCAGAUGAAAGAGAAGACGAAGAAGAAGCAGAACCUGAUAAAGAUGAUUCUGAAAUCCUCCAGGAAUCAAAGAUGGAUCAAGUAGAGAAAGAGCAGGUCGGGAAACAAACUGAGGAAGUAGAAGCAGCAGAAUCAGUUGAACCAACUGAAACCGUUUCUCUCACAGAAGCUUUCACAGAACCAAGAGAGGAUCAUGUUCCAAACGAGCAGGACAAGGAGCAAACUGAGACGAUACAAGAAAUAAAAGACGUAGAGGAGGCAGGACCAGAGACCGAGCAGGAGGGUCUUCCUCUCGGUGUCACCGCUCCAGAGAGAAAACCAGAUGAGAUAGAAGAAGUAGAAGAGCUGGAUAGAGACGUGAAUGAAACUGGAGGUUUCAUCGAGCCAGAAAGCUCCUCACGGGAUGAAAAGAGUCUGUUAGAGACUGAAGCUCAGGUGGAACAUUUAGAAGAUGUAGAAAGCCAGACAACAGAGUGCCUGGAGCUGAAGGAUGAAUCAGACGCCAAAGAAACAGAUGAGAUCAAUACCUUUGAGAUUCUAAAUACACCAGACUCCCAGAAAGAAUCCUCCUGCUCUCUGGCUGAGCUCCUGCCUGAAUCCAGCAAAGACAAAUCUGAGGAAGACUCGUCUCCACCUGGACAGCAGGGCAGUGAUGAAGAGGAUGGUGAAGAUGAUGAAGGGCAAUCUUUUGAUUUUGACGACGUAGAUGUCGAAGCAGCUUUUGAAACGAAUCAAAUUGAGGACGAGGAAAUCGAGGAGGGAGUUGAAGCCGUGUCAGAUCCAAGUGAAAAUACACAAAGCGAGUCCACAGAGAGACACGAUGAGGCGUCCGGGUUGGAUGAGCCUGAGCAGGUCGAGUCAGAACCAGCACGUCAGGCCACAGCACGCCAGGCGAGGCUCAGCUCAGAGGAAGGAGCGGUUCUAAACGUGGGAGGGUCGUCGGCUGCUGUUGCAGAGGACGUCAACCAGACAACAUCUUCUCCAGUAGAGGAAGGAUCAGUCCAGCCAGAGCUCAGUCCCGUCCACGUAGCCAGAGACAAAGAGCCGCCGCAUUCAGGCAAAGGCGAGAGGAAGAACAGCAAGAAAGGCAAAGGAAAGGGCAAAGAGGACUCCCCCCUCACACCCCAAUCCGUCACCCCCCCAUGGAUUCCUGUUGUGUUGCAUGCAUCCACCUCGCUUGACCCAGCCCCCUCACACCUCACCAUCUCCCUGGCGCUCCCCACCCCUGAGAUUCGCCUGAGGAAACUGGUGGAUGAGCGUGAAAAGAUGAUAGAACAGGUGAAGAAGCUGAAGGCGCAGCUGGAACAGAAAUCACCAAAGAACGGCACAGACAGCGGCUCGAGUCCGGACGGGGAGGUUCUGGAAAAUGGAAACGAUCCAAACAUCCUAGAAGUACAGAGAGACUCGAGCAGGCAAAUGAGCGACUUGAAGUUCAAACUGGUGAAGGCCGAACAGGAAGUCACUGCGUUAGAGCAAAACGUGACCCGACUGGAGGGCCAGGUGACCCGCUACAAGUCUGCAGCCGAGAACGCAGAGAAGGUGGAGGACGAGCUGAAGGCGGAGAAGCGGAAGCUCCAGAGAGAGCUGCGGUCGUCCCUGGACAAGGCUGAAGAGCUCGAGUCGAGCAACAGCCACCUUUCUAAAAGACUGGAGAAGAUGAAGUCCACUCGCGGCAUGGCACAGACUCCAUAGCACCAACCCCCUACAUCAAAUCCACCGCCUGUGUCCAGAGCUGGCUGGUCACAUGGAAGACAGACGUCCUGCGCUCGGUCCCUCGUCUGCCUGACGCCAACAUUAGGAAAAUUAACCCCAAAAACCCAGAAAGUUAGUUGUUUAAUCUACAGAAUAGAGACGUCCACCAAGCAAUGUGCCAUUUGUCUCCGUUUUGUGUCCGAUGAGAAGGUAAGAAGUUCAUGAGAUGUUUGUGGUUGAACCUCUGCACUGAUCUAGUUUAGGAGGGGGGGGGGGGGGACAUGAGGAGCCCGGGGACAGAACGGCACCAAGGAGACGUCUCCGUUAUCCCUUGUAGCAGGAACGUGGCACCGCCCUCUCUCUCUACUGCCUCUAGUCAGGAUUCAGGAUGUGUGCUCCCACUGAGGACAGACGAAUCCAAGUGGACACAGAUCCCAGUGCAGCGGACAGUACCAGCGGCCACGGCCCAAGACUUUUCCCUCAGGAGGUCGCGAGUGCUUUGUGUGUUUUGUGAAUGAAUGAGCGGAACUCAAGUGUUUUGUUUUUAUUUUACUGACCCAAAGCCAAAUGACAUUUAAAAAAGGUAAAUGUUGGGGUGUCAGUCCAGUUCCUCUGUGUUAAAACAAACUGACCACGGCUUGUUUAGUUUCUACCACACAAUAUAAUCUUCACGGUGAAAAAGCUUCGGGCUGUUGCAGCCUGGUGUCGGCUCUUUGAACAGUUUGUCCCACAGCCUGCAGCCGUCCUUCUGAUGCACACUCAGAUCUCUGCUUGUUUCUGCAGCUCAUAGUCGGUCACUGGUUGGCUCUCAUGCUCUCACUCGCUGGAGGAGCCCGGCACCGAGGACUCUCACUGUGGAGAUGCUGCUCCACUGUUUACAUAGCUUUACCAUGUUUGUAAGGAAACAUAAAGAACUGUCAUGUCUCCGUGCAAUAAAAUGUCAAACAUA